AUGGAGCCGGCGGUGGUGUGCUGCGGUGGCAGCUGCUACGGCGCUUGCAUGGCCUACUACUGCAUGGCAUCCUUCACGGGAUGUUGUUGCAUCCUACACGCCAUGGCUCGUGGCUACAUCCGGAACAAGUAUAACAUCCCCUCACUUGGUGCUGUGCGCCCUGCGCGAUGUGCCAAGAGCGUCGAGAGCUCAUCAUCCGCGGCCACUCCAGGGAUGACAGUCCCGUCAAAUCCCAAAGUAGACGCCGCCGGGCCGNCGGCGCUGCCGAUGCUGGCUGCUGCUGGGAUUUAUCCGCAAAUUCCCAAGACAGUACCCGGCUCCUCCUGCCCCCCCUAA